AGAUAGUCCAACAAUCACCAAAAGAUCCGUUAUCCGUUUCUAAAUAUUCCGGCGUCCAUUCUCACCGGAAAAUGGAUUCGUUUAUGAGCAGCAUCAAAAGCGCCGCCGCCGGCACCACGACGGAGGGAGACCCAAAGAAGGCCAACCCAGACCAGCCAUCGGCGUCGGAGCUCCUGUCAAGUGCCAAGUUGGUGGCGGAGGCAGCCAAGUGUGCUACAAGCAAUCAAACGGAAAAGAUCGACAAACCCAAGGUGGCCGGCGCCGCCGCGGACAUCAUUGACGCCACCGAGAAGUACGGAAAUUUUGAUGAGACGAAAGGGGUGGGACAGUAUCUAAAGAAAGCAGAAGAUUAUCUUAACGAUUAUGAGAAGUCCGGUGCUACACCACCACCACCACCGGCCAAGGAGGAGGCGCCACCGGCCAAGGAGGAGAAGAAGGUUGAAAAAGAAGAAUCUGGAAGUGGGUUUGGAGCGGCGGAUGCUUUGAAGGCUGCCGGAAGUUUCUUCAAGUAGAAGUUUUUAGGUUCUAUAAUUAUGUAAAUCAAGCGAUAAUUGUGUGAUCAUAAUCGCAUUGUGACUUGUACUUCGCGUUUUAAAUGUUGUACUUUGUUUAUGUAUAAAUAAUUAGGUUGGGUGAUUUGCCGCUCUAAUCCUAUCGUUUUAGGUAGAGUAUCCCUACAUUUUAACGGUUUGAUGAU